AUGAAGAUGCAGAAAGGAAAUGUUCUCCUUAUGUUUGGUCUACUAUUGCAUUUAGAAGCUGCAACAAAUUCCAAUGAGACUAGCACCUCUGCCAACACUGGAUCCAGUGUGAUCUCCAGUGGAGCCAGCACAGCCACCAACUCUGGGUCCAGUGUGACCUCCAGUGGGGUCAGCACAGCCACCAACUCUGGGUCCAGUGUGACCUCCAAUGGGGUCAGCAUAGUCACCAACUCUGAGUUCCAUACAACCUCCAGUGGGAUCAGCACAGCCACCAACUCUGAGUCCAGCACACCCUCCAGUGGGGCCAGCACAGCCACCAACUCUGGGUCCAGUGUGACCUCCAGUGGAGCCAGCACUGCCACCAACUCUGAGUCCAGCACACCCUCCAGUGGGGCCAGCACAGCCACCAACUCUGACUCCAGCACAACCUCCAGUGGGGCCGGCACAGCCACCAACUUUGAGUCCAGCACGACCUCCAGUGGGGCCGGCACAGCCACCAACUCUGAGUCCAGAACAGUGUCCAGUGGGAUCAGCACAGCCACCAACUCUGAGUCCAGCACACCCUCCAGUGGGGCCAGCACAGCCACCAACUCUGAGUCCAGCACAACCUCCAGUGGGGCUAGCACAGCCACCAACUCUGACUCCAGCACAACCUCCAGUGGGGCCGGCACAGCCACCAACUUUGAGUCCAGCACGACCUCCAGUGGGGCCGGCACAGCCACCAACUCUGAGUCCAGAACAGUGUCCAGUGGGAUCAGCACAGCCACCAACUCUGAGUCCAGCACGACCUCCAGUGGGGCCGGCACAGCCACCAACUCUGAGUCCAGCACGACCUCCAGUGGGGCCGGCACAGCCACCAACUCUGAGUCCAGCACGACCUCCAGUGGGGCCGGCACAGCCACCAACUCUGAGUCCAGCACGACCUCCAGUGGGGCCGGCACAGCCACCAACUCUGAGUCCAGCAUAACCUCCAGUGGGGCCAGCACUGCCACCAACUCUGAGUCCAGCACAGUGUCUAGUGGGGCCAGCACAGCCACCAACUCUGACUCCAGCACACCCUCCAGUGGGGCCAGCACUGCCACCAACUCUGAGUCCAGCGCAGCGUCCAGUGGGGCCGGCACAGCCACCAACUCUGGGUCCAGUGUGACCUCUGCAGGCUCUGGAACAGCAGCUCUGACUGGAAUGCACACAACUUCCCAUAGUGCAUCUACUGCAGGGAGUGAGGCGAAGCCUGGUGGGUCCCUGGUGCCAUGGGAAAUCUUCCUCAUCACCCUGGUCUCGGCUGUGGCAGCCGUGGGGCUCUUUGCUGGGCUCUUCUUCUGUGUGAGAAACAGCCUGUCCCUGAGAAACACCUUUAACACAGCUGUCUACCACCCUCAUGGCCUCAACCAUGGCCUUGGCCCAGGCCCUGGAGGGAAUCAUGGAGCCCCCCACAGGCCCAGGUGGAGUCCUAACUGGUUCUGGGGGAGACCAGUAUCCUCGAUAGCCAUGGAGAUGAGCGGGAGGAACAGCGGGCCCUGAGCAGCCCCGGAAGCAAGUGCCGCAUUCUUCAGGAAGGAAGAGACCUGGGCACCCAAGACCUGGUUUCCUUUCAUUCAUCCCAGGAGACCCCUCCCAGCUUUGUUUGAGAUCCUGAAAAUCUUGAAGAAGGCAUUCCUCACCUUUCUUGCCUUUACCAGACACUGGAAAGAGAAUACUAUAUUGCUCAUUUAGCUAAGAAA